AUGUCACGUGAUUGUCGUGUGAGAGAAGAAAAUGACAAAACUAUGAUAGAUGUGGUCGGUGAAAAUUUGGAAUACUUUAGCAUCAAAGUGGAAAACCUGGCGCUUGGUAAGAAUGUCUCCGUUAGCACUAUCUAUCCCUAUCCGCCAUAUUCGGAUCCAAGCAAUGCUGUAGAUGGUCGUACCGGGUUUGCUGACUCAGGGCUUCUGUUCCACACAGACUUCGAACUUUAUCCAUGGUUGACAAUAGCUCUAGGAACACUCAGUAUUGUAAAGAACGUGAUUCUUCACAACAGGAGCGACGGACAUGGUCGCUGGCUCCACAAUGUUGAAAUAAGAGGUGGAAUCUCUUCCGUUUGGUCUGAGAUGAACACUUGUGGCACAUUUGUUGGACCAAGUCAAACUGGGAAAAUUCACACAAUAGAAUGUGGAGCCAGGCCUCUCCUGAAUGUAUUGUAUGUCACUGUGAAAAUUGUCCGUCCUAACUACAUAACAGACGAUUGGAAUGCCAGGGACGGCAAAAAUGCUUUGGGUUUAGAGGAAGUUGUCGUUAAUGGGCUUAAUGUUUAA